CAAAUCUCAUACAUUAAGCACCAUUUUGAUCAUUUUCAAUUCUUCUCUACUAAGUAAACACAGAGUGAAGAGUUUCAAUAGAAAUUUUGCAUUUCUUCACUUUCAGAUCUUGAUUACUCUCUGCAUAUCCUCAAAAUUCAGAGCAAUUUGAUCGAAUUUAGCGAAUACCCAGAUGCAAGAUCUUCAAUCCCCACCACCCCCUUCACCACAGUCCACUCACGCGCCACCACGCUCCGCCACAGACCUAUUCGGAGACCCAACUGACCCAAAUCCACCACAAUGGCUAAACCCCACAUUGUUCCAAUCUCAAGAUUUCGAUCCAGAAUCAUAUAUCUCCGAUUUACGCACCUUUGUUCCCCUUGAAACUCUCCGUUCGGAGCUCCGUUCUCACUUCACGUCGCUUCAGCGUGACCUUGUGGAUCUCAUCAAUCGAGAUUAUGCUGAUUUUGUUAGCCUUAGUACGAAGCUUACUGAUGUUGAUGCUUCUGUUGUACGUAUGAGGGCUCCGUUGUUUGAGAUCAGGGAGAAAAUUGAUGGUUUUCGUAAUGCUGUUGAAGGGUCUCUUGCUGCUUUACAAAACAGGCUUAAACAAAGAGCUGAUGCUGGAGAAGCCAGGGAAGUUCUUGAACUUUUGCUUGAUACUUUUCAUGUUGUUUCUAAAGUUGAAAAAUUGAUUAAGGAGUUACCAAGUGGACAAACUGAUUAUGUUGAGAGUGGAUCUAAUUUGAGGGAAACUCAAAGUAUGUUACUAGAGAGAAUUGCUAGUGAAAUGAAUAGGCUAAAAUUUUAUAUUUCUCAUGCACAGAAUAUGCCUUUUAUUGAGAAUAUGGAGAAGAGAAUACAGAAUGCUAGUUCUUUAUUAGAUACAAGCUUAGGACAUUGUCUUGUAGAUGGACUUGAAUAUAGGGAUGCUAAUGCUAUAUAUAACUGCCUGCGUGCGUAUGCUGCCAUUGAUAAUACCAAGAAUGCGGAGGAAACUUUUCGAUCGACUAUAGUGGGACCUUUGAUCCAAAAAGUUAUCCCGCAAAAUCCAUCUGGAGUUGUUGGUGGAUCAUCUGGACAUGAACUUGAGGAGGAUUAUGUUAAGAUCAAGCAAUAUAUAGAGGAUGAUUGUAAGUUUCUAUUGGAUAUAUCCUCUAUUGAGAAUUCGGGUCUACAUGUUUCUAGCUUCCUUGCGAAUUCUAUCCUUAAAGAGGUUCACUCCGCUAUCCAAAAAGGAAAACCAGUGGUGUUCUCUCCCGGAAGGCCUACUGUGUUUCUAAAAAAUUACAAAGCAAGCUUGGAUUUCCUGGCACAUUUAGAAGGUUACUGUCCCUCACGAUCUGAAGUAGUCAAGUUUCGGUCUGAAGCUGCAUAUAUUGAGUUCAUGAAGCAAUGGAAUGUGGGUGUCUAUUUCUCAUUGAGGUUCCAAGAGAUAGCUGGGGCUCUUGAUUCUGCACUUAGUGUUGCUGGUCUUGUCCCAGUGGCCUCUGAUCAGAGGAAGCCUCAAGAAUUGAUUUUGAAGCAGAGUAUUGCUCUUUUAGAGUGCUUAAGAUCUUGCUGGAGAGAUGAUGUUCUUGUCCUAUCUUGCUCAGACAGGUUCUUGCGUUUGUCUUUGCAACUUAUGUCCAGAUUCUCAAGCUGGUUAUCUGCCGGAUUGGCUGCUCGUAAAGCUGGUAAUGUGGGCUCAAACCCAGGAUUUGAAUGGGCUAUUUCUGCAGUCCCUGACGAUUUAGUAUACGUAGUUCACGAUUUGAACCGUUUGGGGGAGGAUGUGUGUGGUGAUUACCUUGAACACAUACUUGAGUUGCUCAAGUCAUGCCCUGCUGAAGUUUGUGAUUUUGUAAAACAGAGUAUUUUACAAGGUGGGAAGUCCCUGAAGGGUCUUUUACCAAUUGUGAUGAGUGCAAUCAUUGAGACAAUAGUUGAGAAAUCUGUAGAGGACUUGAGGCAAUUGAAAGGGAUAACUGCUACCUACAGGAUGACUAACAAGCCUCUCCCAGUCAGGCAUUCUCCAUAUGUCUCUGGAGUAUUGCGUCCGUUGAAGGAAUUUUUGGAGGGAGAAAGGGCUGCAACAUGUCUGACAAAUGAGACGAGGAAUGAGCUCUUGCAAGGUGCUGCUUUGGAAAUAACUCACCGUUACAAUGAUUUAACUUCAGAACUUGUGAAUAUGAGUAGAAGAACGGAAUCUUCUCUUCAAAAACUACGUUUGGGUGCUCAAAGACGAGCUGGAGCAAGCUCAGAUGUUUCGGAUCACAAUUUGUCUGAAACUGACAAAAUCUGCAUGCAAUUAUUUCUUGAUAUUCAGGAAUAUGCUCGGAGCCUUUCAUUACUUGGGGUGGAUGCAGCUAGUAUUCCACCUUAUCAAUCAUUAUGGCAGUGUGUUGCCCCUGCCGAGAGAAAAAACACAAUAAGCUUCUAGUUUAGACUUGGUUAUUUUAUAUGUCUACUUCGUUUUGUAUCAAUAUCUCAUUCUUUUCUUAUUGUGUUUCCCCUCUGUUAUAUUAUCAUUUUGAUGUAACAAAGCUGCCAUUGAUUUCUGAGAUCUCCUGAUAUGGAUACUGAUUGUGGUGGA